AUCAAAUAAAAAAGAAUUAUCCCUCAAGAAUAUUCUUAACGUUCGGGAUUCACGGCAUGGUGCUCCUCGAUAGAGAGCGGAGUCAAUCCGCGGCUAAAUAGUUCCAUCUAACAGUCUUAUCUCCAGCGUGAAGAGAAAGUAAACGACCCGUGUGAAAACCGGAAAAAAGGGCACAGUUAUAUAUGUAUACGCUUCUGCGGGGAAGCAGAUAGCUUCGGCAAAGAGGAAGAGAAGAAGGGAAAAGCAAGGGCAAAGGCAAUGGCUUUGACUGGCUAUGUCCCUCUUUUGGUUCUAAUUCUCAUUACUGGCUGUGCUGCAAGGCCUUUGUAUCCACUUCCUAGCAAACUAAAUGAGAAGAAUAGAUUGCCCCUACAAACUUUUCGUCCAUAUAAUAUUGCACAUCGAGGAUCAAAUGGAGAGUUGCCGGAAGAAACUUCUGCUGCGUACUUGAGAGCUAUUGAAGAGGGUGCGGACUUCAUAGAAACAGAUAUCCUGUCAUCAAAGGAUGGGGUUCUUAUUUGUUUUCAUGAUGUUACCCUUGAUGAUACAACAGAUGUUGCUGAACAUAAAGAGUUUGCAAAUCGUAAAAGGACCUAUGAGGUCCAAGGGGAAAAUGUCACCGGCUUUUUCUCUGUUGACUUCACUCUAAAAGAACUAAAGACAUUACGGGUGAAGCAGAGGUAUAGCUUCCGAGAUCAGCAAUAUAAUGGAAAAUUUCCUAUUAUUACUUUCGAAGAGUAUAUUGCAAUUGCAUUGGAUGCACCAAGAGUUGUUGGUAUAUAUCCAGAGAUUAAAAAUCCAGUGUUCAUCAACCAGCAAGUGAAAUGGCCUCAUGGGAAAAGAUUUGAGGACAAGUUUGUGGAGAUGCUCCAGAAGUAUGGAUAUAAAGGUUCAUACAUGUCAGAAGAUUGGCUGAAACAACCUGCAUUUAUCCAGUCCUUUGCUCCAACUUCACUUGUUUAUAUAUCAAAUCAAACAGACUUGCCCAAAAUCUUCUUGAUUGAUGAUGUUACCAUUCCAACUCAGGAUACUAAUCAGUCAUACUGGGAAAUCACUUCUGAUGCGUAUCUUGCCUACAUUAAGGAUUAUGUUGUGGGCAUAGGACCGUGGAAGGAUACUGUGGUCCCUGUAAAAAACAAUUAUUUACAAACACCUACCGAUCUUGUUGCCAAAGCACAUGCUCAUAAUUUACAGGUGCACCCAUACACUUAUCGGAAUGAGAAUCUAUUUUUACACUUCAACUUCCAUCAAGACCCGUAUCAGGAAUACGAGUACUGGCUAAACUAUAUAGGAGUUGAUGGCCUCUUUACCGACUUCACAGGCAGCCUGCAUGAUUUCCAGCAGUGGACCUCUCCUACUGGUGCUAAAGACAACGAGACUGCAUCGAAAUUAUUGCAUAAAAUUGCAUCACUGAUCGCUUCAUAUAAAGGCUGAUAAAAUAAUCAAUUAUAUGCAUUCGAUCUCUAAAUAGUGUGUCAAUCCCAGUUUCGUUGCACAAUAAUGUUAGUGAAAUUUGUUCAUAAUCAUAUGAUAUGAUGUAGUGUUUUUCGAAUCUUCAAACCCUGCUGUGAAUACUGUAGCCCGAUGUUGUGGUCAUUGAAGUCAAUAUCUUGUAUUUCCCGCGCCUACCUUAGAAGAACACUUGUUUGAAUGUCUAGGAACAGAGAUUUGCAUUACAAGUUACAACCACGGGUCCAUGGUUAAAAACUUGGUGCGAUAAAAACAGCCAUAUUCA